AAAAAAAAAUCAGGUUGCCAGGGAGACAAGUGGAACUCGGCAGUGGAUCCCAGGGCAUCAGCAGAAAAAAUUUCCAUGGUGCCAUUUCGGUUUUCCAUGCAUACAUGGUUGUCAUCAUAUCGGCCCUCUUUCCAUGAAACCAAGCGCUCGUGGUGGCAUGCUGCAUCUCUUCCUGGCUCCCCUGUACUCCCUUUCAUCUUUUCAAUAGCCUAUUUAAUUUUCGUGCUUGUGACAACCAUGAUAUUCGAGCAAGGAAAGUUUGAGGUCAUAAUGUACUCAAUAGACAUGGUUGUGUCACUAUCCACAUUCUGUGUUGGCCUGUGGCUUUCACGCCGCCGCUCAUACCUGCUCAAGAUGCCCGUGCGAAUCAUGAUAGUUCGUAGCACCAUUGAAAUCACUGCGUCCACCACCAGCCCAACAACCGAGGCCGGGUGCCGCGUGCUUCCUGUUCAUCAGCCUCUGCUUUGCAAUGCUGCCGGCCUACCUGUGUCUAACUUCUGCCUGAUAUACCUCCAGAUCUCGCUGCUGCACCGGCGGCUGGCGACCCGCAGAUGGCCAAAAAUUCCUUGCUGGCAGGCCUUGAAUCGUUCUGCGCCUAUCGACACAGUACCGAACGCGCGCCUGUAUGCGUUCAAAUGGUUUGUGUUCAACAUCUGGGUUCUCAGCAUGCUGGUCUCGGUAAUACACAUCCACAGGUCGUCGUCCGGACUCAGAGACCACACAACCGAGUCGUCGUCCAACCCGAGCUCCGGAACCAGACGCCAAGCGCGGCUGACGAACCGGAUACUUCUCUCAGUCGUCUGGUUCCCGCUGGUGCCAAUUGUCUCGAUGUACUUUAAUAUCAUCCACAACACCCUGCGGUAUGUGUACCAGCGCGAGUUUCCGGGCGUCGACAGGGCGGACACAGUGCUCCAGUUCCUGCAGGCGCUGUUUGUGGCAUUGGCGUUUUUCGUCAGUCCGCCUGUGCGCAGGGCGCUGGAGGAGCUGACCCACCGUGAGGAGAAUCCGGAGCGGUCCGGAUAUCUGCAAAUGCCCAUUGACCAGACCUCGCUGUCGUCGGUACGCUACGACUGAACACGCAAACAGUCUGUGACUACUGUAAUUCAUACCCUCCCUUACCAAACCUCCUGCUAGAUCGUCUUCCCUCGUCUUCUAUUCGUCGUAUGUGCAUCGUAAAAUUGCUUAGUCUAAUGAAG